UCAUUCAAAGGCCGCCGAUUCUCCUCCGUAUAAAUUCCUCCUUACGCACUCACGUCUCGUGUCCUUCCCACAAACUCCCGCACAACACUGUCGCUCACUUCGUCGUGCUUUUCUCUCCCAUUUCUCACGAUUCUUUGCUUUUUCGCCAUCCCCGGUCAAGAGUCAGGCUUCAUAACAAUACAGCAAAGAUGUCGCCCUCUGAUUCUUCACGGGAGGAAUAUGUAUACAUGGCCAAGUUAGCCGAACAGGCUGAGCGGUACGAGGAAAUGGUGGAUUUCAUGGAGAAAGUUGCCAAGACCGUGGACGUCGAGGAGCUGACUGUCGAGGAACGUAACCUUUUGUCUGUGGCGUACAAGAAUGUGAUUGGGGCCAGGAGGGCAUCGUGGAGGAUUAUUUCUUCCAUUGAGCAGAAGGAAGAGAGUAGGGGUAACACCGAUCAUGUCGCGAUCAUUAAGGAUUACAGGGGAAAGAUUGAGUCUGAGCUCAGCAAGAUCUGUGAGGGCAUUCUCAGCCUUCUUGAGUCGCAUCUCGUUCCUUCAGCCUCGUCUGCUGAGUCCAAGGUUUUUUACCUUAAGAUGAAAGGUGAUUACCACAGGUAUCUGGCAGAGUUUAAGACUGGUACUGAAAGGAAGGAAGCUGCCGAGAGCACCUUAUUGGCCUACAAAUCUGCUCAGGAUAUUGCUUUGGCUGAACUGGCUUCUACUCACCCAAUUAGGCUGGGACUUGCGCUGAACUUCUCUGUGUUCUACUAUGAAAUCCUUAACUCGCCUGAUCGGGCUUGUGCUCUUGCAAAGCAGGCAUUUGAUGAGGCCAUCUCUGAGUUGGAUACGUUGGGUGAGGAAUCAUACAAGGACAGUACAUUGAUCAUGCAACUUCUUCGAGACAACUUGACACUAUGGACUUCUGAUCUCACGGUCUCUCUCUCUCUGAUCAUGUGUUUGUGGGAGGGUGGAGGGUUCAUAUACGUUGUUGAUACCAGCAUGCACUUGUCAAUAUCUUCCAUGGCUUUCAUAAAUCAACGAGUCUUAGUAAUGAAGGGACUAAACUGCAACACUAUUUCACCUACUUGAUUUCGUACGUGAGGUUUAUAUUGUAAUACCACCAAAUUUUCCUAGAUAGAUUAAUAUUUUUGCACUCAUUAGGUGUUGAUGGUCUGAUUCAAUGUGUUUGUGAUGUCAGGAUGAAGCUGGGGAUGACAUCAAGGAAGCUU